GAUGGCUCCGCUGCUGCAGUGCGCCCUCUUGGCGGGGCUGAUCGCGGGCGCGGCGUCCCUCAAGCAGGAGGGGGCCACUGGCCCCAAGAGCAAGUUUUGGAACAGGUUCGGGUCCCUGCCCGAGAACGCCCCAGAGUGGUGCAAGAGCGAGUCGGCCCUGACCUGGGAGGAGAAGAGGCAGAGGGUGGCCCAGCACGCGACGCUGAUGUGGGCGAAGGAGUCGCUGAAGCAGCUGCACGAGAACAACAUGACGGCCCCCCAGUGGAUGGAGGACAUGGUCGCAAAGGACGCCCGGCAGGGCCAGAUGAAGUGGGCCGUCAAGGAGGCCAAGCGCCUGAGGGCGGAGAACGAGGAGGUCCCAGAGUGGAUGUCCGCCCUGGUGGAGGAGGACAACAAGUGGGCCAACCGCUGGGCCGCGUGCAAGGUCGCGGAGCUCGAGUAUUCCGGGGAGGAGCCGCCCGAGUGGAUGAGGGAGAACGGCCGCAAGGGCGUGUUCGCGGCCGCGGCCGAGAAGCUGGCCGAGAUCCAGGAGCAGCUGGACGAGCUGGUGGCCCUGAAGGAGAAGGAGGUCGCCCUGGUGCAGGCCAAGGGCGACAUCAAGCUGGCGGAGAGGCACCUGAUGCUGGCGCACCGCGGGCACUCGGGCGUCCGGCCGCAGGCCGCGCGGAGGGGCCAGAACCUGUCCUGGGCCCGGAGGGCUCCGACUGCGGGCACCUCCGCGGACUCCGCGGGGGUGCUGAGCCUGGCGAAGAAGAAGGCCGCCGCGCAGCAGAAGCCAGAGGUCAACUUCUUCGGGCUCUAG